AUGACGGUUCUUAUCAGAGCUGUUGCAAAUAAUCUUUUGGAUGUUGCCAAACUUCUAAUUGAGAAAGGCGCAGAAGUUAACGGUGUUCAAGAGCCCGGCGGAAGGACGCCACUCUUCGUUACCGUUGAAAGAGCAACGCGGAAAGUCUCCAUUGCCGACGAAUAUCUCGAAACAGCGAGCCUCAUGAUAGCGAGUGGCACAGAACUUGAUGGCGUUCAAGGACCUGCUGGGCAGAUGAUCCUGUUCAAAGCUGCUAUGGGUGGUGACAACGGGGGCAACAUGACCAAGCUUCUUAUAGACGCUGGAAUUAACAUCAAAGCUCAGGAUGAGAAUGGCCAGACGGCUCUCUUUCAAAGCACAGAAACUAGCGCAAGGUUACUGAUCGAAAAGGGCGCAAAUGUUAGAACCAGGGACAGGCUUGGACGAACCGCAUUGCACGAACAAUGUCGGCGUUGGCCCAUCGCUUCCGUGGUGCCCGUGGUGCUCAUGCUUCUCCAAAGUGGCGCCGAUGUCAAUGCGACAGACAGUAACGGUCUAAAUCCGCUUUGUUUCGCGUGCGAAGUUGAAGCCACCGCAUCUAACUUCCAUCGACCUUACGAUAUCUUCAAGAUCGAUAACUACAAGAUCGACAAGCGCUUUGUCGACGUCGUGGUGUGUCUAAUCAAUGCAGGAAGCGCACUGCCUAAUGAUAAGACGAUGGCGAGGCAGGUGAUGGAUGGGCUAUGCUUAGAAAUGAGCACAUUGACGAAUCCUGAAGCCUUUGAGGAGGCGACGCAGAGGUUCAAGACGCUCGAGAAAAAUUAG